ACUGCAAUUUUUUAUUUAUUAGAGUGACCAUCACUGUUAUUAUUUUCACGUGUGGCUCCCAAACGAGCCAAAAACCAAGCGCCCGCUAAACAAACAAGCCACCAGCCAGCAGGGAGCAGCCGGUCACCACCGGACACAGCAGGAGCGCCAGUUAACCCGAAGUCUCCCGAGGAUUCGCCCGCAAGUUCGUCGGCGUUCCCCGUAGCCGGAACAACAGGAAGAAGAAGCACGUGUGCGGCGUGCCGAAAAAAGGGGCAAGGUAAACAAGGAGGACAGGACAGGAUCGACAGAAACCCAAUCCGGAGGAGGACGACAUGGUGCCCAUCGGAGCCGUGCACGGCGGCCAUCCCGGCGUAGUGCAUCCGCCGCAGCAAUCGCUGCCCACGGCGCCCAGUGGCCCGAACUCUCUGCAGCCGAACUCGGUGGGCCAGCCGGGGGCCACUACCUCCUCGAACAGCAGCGCCUCCAACAAGAGCUCGCUCUCCGUGAAGCCCAACUACACGCUCAAGUUCACCCUGGCCGGGCACACCAAGGCGGUGUCGGCGGUAAAGUUCAGUCCGAACGGCGAGUGGCUGGCCAGCUCCUCCGCUGAUAAACUCAUCAAAAUCUGGGGAGCCUACGAUGGCAAGUUUGAGAAGACCAUUUCGGGCCACAAGUUGGGCAUCAGCGAUGUGGCCUGGAGCUCGGACUCCCGUCUCCUGGUCAGCGGCAGCGAUGACAAGACCCUCAAGGUCUGGGAACUGAGCACCGGGAAGAGCCUGAAGACCCUGAAGGGGCACAGCAACUAUGUGUUCUGCUGCAACUUCAAUCCGCAGUCCAAUCUGAUUGUCUCCGGCAGCUUCGACGAGAGCGUUCGCAUUUGGGAUGUGCGCACUGGCAAGUGCCUGAAGACCCUGCCCGCCCACUCGGAUCCCGUUUCGGCAGUGCAUUUCAAUCGGGAUGGCUCGCUGAUUGUGAGCAGCAGCUACGAUGGCUUGUGCCGCAUCUGGGACACGGCCAGUGGGCAGUGCCUGAAGACCUUGAUCGACGACGACAAUCCGCCCGUCAGCUUUGUCAAGUUCUCGCCCAACGGCAAGUACAUCCUGGCCGCCACGCUGGACAACACGCUCAAGUUGUGGGACUACUCAAAGGGCAAAUGCCUAAAGACGUAUACGGGCCACAAGAACGAGAAAUACUGCAUAUUCGCCAACUUCUCGGUGACGGGAGGAAAGUGGAUCGUGAGCGGCAGCGAGGACAACAUGGUCUACAUCUGGAAUCUGCAGAGCAAGGAGGUGGUGCAGAAGCUGCAGGGACACACCGACACCGUGCUGUGCACUGCCUGCCAUCCCACGGAAAACAUCAUCGCCUCCGCGGCGCUCGAGAACGACAAGACCAUCAAGCUGUGGAAGUCGGACACAUAGAGUGGCUGGUAUCCAGCUGGAGGAUCGGGCGUUCAGCAGCUUUGACUGCCUCCACACAUUCAUUUCUUGGAUAAUAUUAUGUUAAAGGAUCAAGUCUAAUUUUAAUUUAAUACCCUUUUUUUUGUACACAUAAUUUAAAGGAGGAACCUUUAACUUCUACUUUUAAAUCACAAUUUAAAACUCACAUUCUAAGGCAGUACGGAAAAACACAAAAAAAAAA